AUGGCGUAUAUCUCGGCAAAUAACGUGGAUCCCCUGGCGACGCCGGAGGAGGUGGCCGCUGAGCUUAAAGCUCAGUAUGGCGUGGCCAUCCCCGUCGAAGGCAUAUCGUUGCAUGCGUACCCUAAUGGGUUGCAACGAUUCAGAGCGCGUGUGCUGCGAAGUGAGGCCAUGCUGCUUGAUGGCAAGAAGCUGAGAGUCGGGUUCUGCGUCUCCACCAUCAAGAUAAUGAUCUUACUCUACAUGUGGAGAAUCGGAAUUGGGGCUAAAACUGCAGCAAAAGAAGCUAAAGUGAACCCUCGCACAGUGCUGAAGCUCUUCGGCGAAAUUCGGAUGCAGUUGCUGAUGGAGAUUAACAACGAUUCACCGAUUGGAGGACCUGGUCUGACAGUCGAGAUAGACGAGACCAAAAUCUCGACACAUAUGUCUUCUGAUGAAGAGGAAUUGCUCCAUGUAGAGCCAGGGUCAAAACGAAUGCAAGUAGUGGAAGAAAAUCAAAGCCGUGGGAUUGAAACGUAUGAAACCGACGUUCACGAGGACAUUUUACCGGACGGGGACGACUGCAUUGAGGAAGAUGAUGAAGCAGUCGCUUGGGACGGUGUAUAUAAUAUAUUCGAUACAAUGGAUUUGAAAGAUUGUCUUCGAUAUCUUGCGAUUUGGCACCAACUUCCCCGUUCGGCGGUCAAUAUGAUGCUGGCCAUCCUACGGAUGAAGCUGGAUUUAGAUCUUCCUAAAGAUGCGCGGACUUUGGUUAGAACACCUACCCAAUUAAGGAACGAAAUUGUUGCUAUCAGAGGAGGUGAUUAUUCGUACGGAGGCUUAAAAUCAGUCCUGACCAAAUAUGUUACUCCUUUAACUCUUUCUAAAACCUUCAAUCCUGAAGCGACACAUUUCUCAUUGGAUGUGUCAAUCGACGGGCUGCCACUACACAAGGGUGGGCCAACUCAGCUUUGGCCUAUUCUUGUAAAGGUGGUAGAGUUGCCAAAGCUUCCGGUUAUGACGGUAGCCACAUUUAGUGGACCAUCAAAACCGGAAAGCAUCGAAGAAUUCUUGCGGCCGCUGGUGGAUGAAGCAAAUGAAAUUCACCGAGCAGGCUUGAUUGUUGGCGAUAAAACGUUGCAUUUUAGCAUUCGCAAUUUUGUCGCCGACUCACCAGCUCGUGCUUUAAUAAAAGGUAAGUAG